AUGUGGCAAUUAGUUCGCUGCAGACUCGAAAAGAGUCAUACAGUGGUUUCGCCAAAAAUGAAUGCCAAUGAUGUCCAUGAUUUGACUGAACACACGUGUCUAUCCAGUAUAAGACCAAAAUUACAUAAAGUUCGAGGAGAUUUGCAAGCAGCAUGUUAUAAUCCAUUCACACAUUGCCUUCUGUUUGCAACAGAACAAAUAUCUUUACUUAAUUUAAAAUUGAGACCUGUUCUAAAAGCCGAAAUUGUGGUAUCUCAUUAUGAACAAAUAUUAAGUAUUCUAUUUUGUAAAGAAUUUAAACAAGUCAUCUCAUGUACGGAAAGUGGUGUGGUAAGAUUAUGGGAUUUUUUAACGGGACGUCAAAUACAUGAAUUUCGAACACAUAAUGGAAAUGCUGUAACGUGUAUGACUCUGGAUAAUACGGGUAGACGGUUGAUAACAGGAAGUAGAGAUGGCAAAUGUUGUAUAUGGAACUAUCAUAAUGGACAAUGUUUGAAAACCUUACAAAAGUCAAAUUCACUUGAGAUAGCUGAUUUAACAUUUGUUCAAGUGAAUAAUAAUUGUUCGAUUAUUGCUGUUGGAUGGGAUAAACGCAUCAAUGUAUUUAAAGAUGAUCGAGAAAAAAUCAAACAAGUGUCACUGUGCGAGGAUGAAUGGGACGAUGAUAUAAUGGACGGACAUGAAGACGAUAUUUUAUGUAUUGCAAAAUCGCAAGGUGAUUUAUUUGCAACUGGUGAUUAUAGUGGUGAAAUUAUUGUAUGGAACAUGUCGUCAAAAAAAGUCUUUGCAAAAAUGCGAUCAGAAAAAUUUCCAUCAUUUGAUAACAAUGAGAAGAAAACAAAUGAUCGGUUAAUUAGUCGAAUGACAUUCAUUGACUCAAGGACAAAUCGUCGUGAUGCUGCUAACUUGAUUUCAAGCGGUCCAUAUGGAAUGAUCCAUUUUUGGUGUGUAUAUAAAAACGGUAUGUUGAUGGCAAAAUUCAAAGAAAAUAAAGCAGUAACAACAACUGUCACUCAAGUAAAACUAGAUAGCGAAUGUCGAAUGUUAUUUAGUGCUGAUUCACUAGGUAAGAUUUCAUUUCUGUAAGCUACAAUUUUGUCUUCUUUUUAAUUGCAUUAUGAAUUAUUAAACGGUAUUACUCAACCCAAGCAAGGAGGUGAAAAGAAGCCUUUGUACGUCUAUCCCAGAAAGGACGGGGUCGAUCAUUUGAUGAAAUCGACCCAUGCCUGAAUUUUAUCAACUAAUCAAAGGCUAGAUGUAGAAUGAAGAAGGGAAUGUUUCUAGGUACUUACUAGACCUUAGAACCACUCUAAGAAAAACAUUGGUCGAAUCAAGUUUGUUUCUAUUGCAUCUGAUAUAUACUAUAGAUCGUAUUUUUGGAUCUUUCUCUCUCAGUUUUACAAUUCCUCACGACUACUAUAUAUCAUUUGAAAGCUCUUUUUCUUCGCUAUAUUUCUGUAUUUCACAUAUACGUAAAUAGUCGUUUCGAGGCCAGAUGUGUUUAGAAAUAUAUCUGGCUAUGGAAAAUGACCUUCUACGUGUAAAAAAGUCUCAGAUAUUCUAUGUCAAUUUUUCUCAUCCGGCUAAUACAAUGAAUAUGCUCUUCGAUAGAGAAUUUGUCAAGGUACAAUUUGAUGUAUGUAAUACAGAGAAAAUAGUGUCCUAGGCACAGUGGGCAGCCAGGCGGACAUUUAUCGAAAAAUCGAAAGUGCGGUUUUUUAAAAUUAAAAUAGUGGUAAAUAUACUUUGAUAGAUGGGCUAUCUAAUGGCAUAAAAAAGUCUUCUUUUGAACAUGGAAUUUGCGCGUAAAAAAAGUUGAAGAAAAAAUAUCUCGUAUAUUACUAUGUAAAACCAAUUUUUUAUUGAACUGAAUUCCAUUCAAAUUUUCGAAACGUGUUAUUUGGAAUCAGGACGCUUCUGACUAUCUAUUGGUUAAAAAAGUUCGCCUCAGAUCAAGUCUUUUUAGCGAAAAACAGAUUUUUCCCAAACGUGGCGACUUUUCCGAGAGCUAUGUUCAGUGUAAUGAGUUUUCGAAAUUUUCUUAAGCUCCAAAUUCAUUGAAAAUUUCACAGAAUGUGCAUUAACAUAGCCUGAAUCUGUGGUGAUAGUAGUAUUAUGCAAUUGUUCUCCAAGACCGAGAUCUAGGUUUUCUAGAAAACAAUCGGUUUUUUAGGUAUUUCUCGGUAAGGAGACACUUUUAUUCAAAAGUAAUGUGAUAUUUGGAAUCCGCAUGAAAAACUGCAUCGAAUGAUGUAUAAUCUGUUUGUUUUACAAAAAAAGCUUUUGUCGAUAAAAAAUCAGGGCUUUCAGGAAUUUUUUGUCGAAAAACAUUUUUUUUCAAAUUUGACUUUUCUUUUUUCUAUUAAUAUCUGACACAUAAUAAGAGAAUAUUAUGCUAAAAUAAUCAUUUUGUAACUCAAAAAAUCAGAUGUCCGCCUGCUCUAGGGAAAAAUGCCAGCUGUGCUAAGGCAUCUUGACAUUAGAAAUGUUUCUGCAAAAACUGAGUCGACUAAUGUGUAUUUUGAAAUUUUUACUUGAUUUUCAUUUUUUGGUGAAAAUUUCGGUAACUUUUCAACGUGAAAAUUCGACAAAAACUAAAGUAGUCGGAUAGGAUCCACAGCUGCUUGGAAUUCUACUGUUUCCCCUUGGACUUUUUGCACGUAGGAGGUCAUUUUCCAUAGCCACAUAUAUUUCUAAACACAUCUGGCCUCGAAACGACUAUUUACGUAUAUGUGAAAUACAGAAAUAUAGCGAAGAAAAAGAGCUUUCAAAUAAUAUAUAGUAGUCGUGAGGAAUUGUAAAACUGACGAGGGAAUCGCCCGAGAUGAUACUCUCCGGUUUUCUUCGUUCAUACCUCAGUUGAUAGAGGGCAUCGAGCUGACAAAAAGCCUAAAUGGGUUUCUGAGGAGGGCUCUUGUAGACCCGUUUUUUCUGGAAAACCAGUUUUCCAGAAACUCUGAAACUAACUGAAACCUCUUCUUAAUGAGUUGUAAUUGUAGCCCGGAAAUGUCUGAUUAAAAUGAGACGUCUCCCAGCUCUACACCACCUUUCUUUGCAAAGUUAUAGAAUUUACAAAAAAAGCCUUAAAUUAAUUUCUUCGUAUUUCUGUAGCUUUGAGCUGACAAUGAACAUUCAGGGCUUUUCUUGUAAAUUCUAUAACUUUGCAAAGAAAGGUGGUG